AUGUCCGUCGCCGGCGCCCCACCGCCGGAACUGAAGCCGAUCGCGCCCUACCUCGCUCGGGCCAAGGAACUGCAAGCCGUCGAACCUGUGAUUUCGUACUGGUGUAAGUACUUUAUCGUCCGUGCUACUCUCACACUCGCGCGCUCGUUCUGUGUUGGAUGGCGUGCCGCUCGCCGCGUGUGUGUGUGUGGGGGGCGCAAAGCGGAUGACUCGACCCUCCCUGAUCUUCGGACGCUGAUCCUGCCUAGACGGUGUGUUUGACCUUUGAACAGGUACGUACUAUGCUUUACAACAAGCGCUCGGACUUGGGGUGAAGGAGAAUGCGUCGAACGCGUUCCUGAUGGAGAUGAUGGAUGGUCUUGAAGCGGCAAGUCACUCACUGUCUUCUCGCCGUCACCUCUUCGGCCUCAAUCCCAACUCACACCUCCCUCUUCCAUCGUUCUAACCCUCAGUCCAAGAGUGAACUAGGCACCAACGAAGCUAUCACAGACGACGCCGCUGCUUCGGCUUACGUCGAAAACUUUGCGGUCAAGUUGUUCGAUCAAGCCGAUGACGAGGACCGCAAGGGCAAGAGUACGAGGUGAGCUGAGCCAUGAUGCGCUGACGAGGAAUGGGAUAUUGGUGAGAAUGCUCGGAAUAACUGAUGCCGUUUAUUUGUGUCUGCGUUAAUCUCAGGUUGACGGCCAAAAAGUUUUUAGCAGCCGCAAACUUUCACGAGAUCUUGGCCACUUUUGGCGAGCUCAGUUCCGAAGUGAGCCACCGAGACCGAGCCCCAUUCUCUCUGUACCAACCGCGUUUCCCCCAAGCUGAAACGAAGCACUCAACUGCGCUUCAGAAUCGAGAAAAGAUAAAGUACGCGAAAUGGAAGGCAUCCGACAUUGCGAAAGCCUUUCGCGAAGGUCGCAAGCCGACACCCGGACCUGCCGGUGGUCUCCCCCCUCUCCAAGACGAUAGCCCGAGAGGCGAAGUGACGUCGGAGGAAGCAAAGGAAUUGGCUCGGGAACUUGCAGCUUUGGGAACGACGGGUGAACGACAGGGUGCGAUCAUUUCCGAUCCGGAGGCGGGACCGGCGCAGAGUACCCGAUCGGCGACUUUCCCUUCGACCGCCGAUGAUCCGGAUUCGUACCCUUUCCCACAACACCCCACGACCCCCCUUCCUCGCGCCCCCGCCUCUCCAGCAGCCAUCAUCGAUGAUCUCGAACGAGCAGUCACUCCCCCUCCGCCACCUCCUACCGCCCCUACUUCAACAACCUUCCUCGACACUCCGAGCGAUCAAGUCUCUUCGUCGAUCGAUCUCGGACCCACAACGCCUUCGAUCCCCAUAACACAUCAAACUUCCGAACUUGCACCACCUCCUUCCCUUGCACCCCCACCUUCCAUUCCUUCCUUCCCAUCCGCCUCCUCCCCCACCCCUUCGACAGGUUUCGCCAGCGCCGUCUUUCCCUCCGCGCCACCCGUGAUCGCACAAGAACCGAUCCGUGCACGACCACUCAUACCCACCUCAAUCCCGACCCCAACAACCGCUGCAUCUACCAGUUCAGGAAGUGUCUCUGAACCUUUGGACCCGAUGAGGAUCGCCCAAAUUCAAAAACAUGCGAAAUGGGCCAUCUCGGCUUUGAAUUACGAGGACGUCGAGACCGCGAAGAAGGAGUUGAGGAUUGCUUUGGGUAUGCUGGGGUAA